GUCUCUGUCCGGUUAAACAGUUGGGUCUUUGCGCGAAUAGAGACAAACGUGAUGCUGCUCUGCUGUGUGUGUGACCGAGGCGACAUGGCGAGGAUUAACAUAUUGGGAUUAAUGUUUUUAUAAUGACUUCGCGUUAGAAGGCAUUACAUGUGAAAAUAAAAAGAAUGAGAUGAGGCCAACAAAGAGACAUAAACAUCGCCACAUACAAUGAUGAGCGCCAAUUCGACUCAGAAACACUGAAGGACUGAACACUCGGAUGCCAUUUAUGAAGGAUGUGCAGAAUUUGUUUAACAUAUGUAGCUUUUGUUAAUGAUUCGUUUUUCAUUCGUUUGUUUUAGCCUAGCCUACUAUCGAGAUACUGGCGUUAUGUUUCAUCUUUGAGGAUAAGAAGAGAAAGCUGAACCUUGACCUUAUUCAGACUGCCUUCCAUUGGCUCUGGAGAAGGUGGGCUGAAUCAUCCUGAUUCAAGAGGCUGUGUCUUCGCAUUACAGUCAAGAUACGUACAGCAACAAGCUAUGGAGCGGAACCUCUUGCUUGAGUGGAUCAUGGUCGAGGUACAUCUAAGGACAUUUAAGGACUAGGCUCCACCAACUCCUGAUUCCUAUUCCUCUCGUGCCAGUGGCAGGAUGAAAUAAAGAGAGGAUCGAUGGCCAAGCCCCUCUACAGACUGCAGCGUUUCCUCCGGAGGACCCAGCUGUUCCUGCUCUUCCUGGGUGUGGCCUACAUCAUGGCAGGGAGCGUCCUGCUGCUCCAACGGGCCAACCUGGUGGUGACCCAGCGAGGGGCCACCAGCCCUCCACUGUCCUCCCUGCCCUCCUUACCCUCACCACCCUGGGCCCUGAGGAUGCCACCCGUGAGGGUAGGAGGCUACGGGGGCAGGAGCUCACAGAUCAUUUCCAGGGUACAGGGGUACCAGCCUGGGAGCCUGUUGGAUGACAGGACUGGAACACGCUGGCUCAUGUCGAGGAAUCUGGAGAUCCGACACCUGCGGCGGCGCUGGUUCCACAGCCUGAUGACGGAGAAGGAUAUGUCACAGGUGGAGAGGAGCACCCCCAGGAGGAAUGUGCCUCAAAAAGGUUCUUACAUGGGCUGCUUCCUGGACAAUUCCAAGGAGCGGGCUUUGAGAGGAUCUGUAUCCACUGAUUUCCGCAAAAUGACCAGCACCAUGUGCCAGGAUACCUGCUCAGUGAGUGGCUACCAGUUUGCUGGUCUGGAGUAUGGGUCGGAGUGUUACUGUGGCAACCACAUCACCAGCCUGCGUGUGAGAGACGAGGAGUGUAACUUGGACUGUAAAGGGGAGAAAGGCUCCCCCUGUGGAGGUGUUGGGCGCCUGUCAGUGUUCACGGUGGAGGAUGUGCUUCCAGGCCAGAGGAGAUACAGGAACGUGCGCUACCGCGGCUGCUUCAGGGAGCCUGAGAACAGCUCCUCUACAUCUCUGGUCCAUGUGCUCCAGCCCAACCUCACCUCCCAGUCCUGCAUAGAGGCCUGCAUGAACAAGGAGUUUCCUCUGGCUAUGCUGAGGAGUUCGGACUGUUUCUGUGGUUACGCUACUCCUGACUUCACUCUCCAUGAGCCGGCUGAGGAGGAGCACUGUUCACAGAGCAACACCACUGAGGCCUCCUUACCAUCAACCCUCCAGCGCUUCUACCAGGUCUACCAGACACCUGUCCAAGACUCCAGAUGCACAGAGAGGAAGUUCCUACCGGAGAAGUCCAGUUCAUUGGUAGCGCUCUCCAGCUUCCCAGGAGCAGGCAACACCUGGGUCAGACACCUCAUAGAGUUGGCCACAGGAUACUACACAGGCAGCUACUACUUUGAUGGAACCCUUUACAACAGAGGCUUCAAAGGCGAGAAGGAUUACUGGAAGAGUGGUCGGACCAUCUGUGUGAAAACACAUGAGAGUGGGAGGAGAGAGAUAGAGAUGUAUGACUCUGUCAUCCUGCUGAUCAGGAGCCCGUACCGUUCCCUCAUGGCUGAGUUCAACAGGAAGUGUGCAGGACAUCUGGGAUACGCCUCUGAUCAUCACUGGAAGACCAAAGAGUGGCCUGAGUUUGUAGGCAGCUACGCCUCCUGGUGGGCGUCGCACGUACUGGACUGGCUGCGGUUCGGCCGGCGGGUCCUAGUGGUCCACUUUGAGGAACUCCAGACAGCGUUGGUGCCCCAGCUACGAUCCAUCACCUCCUUCCUCAACACCACAGUGACAGAGGACAAACUGCUGUGUGCCGAGAGCAACCAGGAUGGACACUUCAAACGUUCCGGGGUCCGGCAGCCCACCUUCGACCCCUUCACACCCGACAUGAGAGGACUGAUAGAUGGACUGAUCCAUGCGGUGGACCAGGCUCUCCGGGACAGCAACCACACAGGCCUUCCACUGGAGUACCUGCCCAGAUGAUGGACAGCUAAACUCUGAUAACCCUGAUCUCCACCUCGUCCACUACCCUGUCCCUCCUCGGUUUACACUGCCUUUUAGCUGUGGUGGCACGGAUGGAUGGGUACCCCCUAUCCAACCCAAGAGAAAGUGUUUCAUAUCAGGAGCGUGCCAUGCAAAGGAAACAUAGUCAUAUACACAGAGGCUAUUCUCACAGAACACUUUCUAUGUUUUAGAAGCACUGGUUUAUCAAAGAACUGUCUUUCUGUUUUAGAAUUGUUAUGCUUUUUGGGACAUUGCCUCAUUGGGGGUGAACUUAUAAGUGUACCAAACAAUGGUUUCCUCUGUUUUAAAUAAACUCUAAAUAAAUGGUACAUCCUAUAAGAACUAUAGGCUACAUUC